GAGGAAAGCACUGAAAUUCGAGGACUGCCUGGAGCUGCUGCUGCUGGAGUCCAUGGCGUACACUGGGACCCCGUCGCCAGCGGGGCCCAUUGGCUCCCAGUACUGCGUCUGCAAAGUUGAGUUGUCCAUCUGUGGCCAGAACCUGCUGGACAGGGAUGUCACUUCCAAGUCUGACCCCUUCUGCGUCCUGUUCAUGGAAGUCAAUGGAAAAUGGGUGGAGCUCGACAGGACAGAGACAGCUGUGAACAACCUCAACCCAGCCUUCUCCAAGAAGUUCGUUGUUGACUACCACUUUGAAGAAGUGCAGAAGCUCAAGUUUGCCCUGUUUGACCAGGACAAGUCGAGCACGCAGCUGUACGAGCAUGACUUCCUUGGCGAAUUCUCCUGCACGCUGGGCACGAUUGUCUCCAGCAAGAAAAUAACAAGAACUCUCCUUCUGGGGAAUGGCAAGCCAGCUGGGAAAGGGAUGAUAACGAUAGCUGCCCAAGAGCUCUCGGACAACAGGGUGAUUACUCUGAGUAUGGCUGGCAGGAAACUGGAUAAAAAGGACCUGUUUGGAAAGUCAGACCCCUUCUUGGAGUUCUAUAAACCUGGUGACGAUGGGAAGUGGAUGCUGGUCCAUAGAACAGAGGUGAUCAAGUACACGCUGGACCCCGUCUGGAAGCCGUUCACUGUGCCUUUAGUGUCACUGUGUGAUGGAGAUGUGGAGAAGCUGAUCAAGGUCAUGUGUUACGACUACGACAGCGAUGGGGGACAUGACUUCAUUGGAGAGUUCCAGACCUCAGUGGCCAGGAUGUGUGAAGCCCAAGAUGCCUUUCCAAUAGAACUAGAGUGCAUUAACCCCAAAAAGCAAAAGAAGAAAAAGAAUUACAAGAACUCUGGGAUCAUCAUUGUCAAGUCCUGCAAGAUAACCAGAGACUUCUCCUUCCUGGACUACAUCCUGGGAGGCUGCCAGCUGAUGUUCACUGUCGGGAUCGACUUCACUGCCUCCAAUGGGAACCCACGGGACCCCUCCUCUUUGCACUACAUCAACCCCAUGGGAACGAAUGAAUACCUGUCAGCAAUCUGGGCUGUUGGGCAGAUCAUCCAGGACUACGACUCGGACAAAAUGUUUCCUGCUCUAGGAUUUGGUGCCCAGCUCCCGCCAGACUGGAAGGUAUCCCAUGAGUUUGCCAUUAACUUCAACCCCACGAACCCAUUCUGUUCAGGCGUGGAGGGCAUUGUCCAAGCGUACUCAGCCUGCCUGCCUCACAUCCGCUUCUACGGACCCACCAACUUCUCCCCCAUCGUCAACCACGUGGCCCGGUUUGCAGCUCAGGCAACCCAGCAGGAGGCUGCAUCCCAAUACUUCAUCCUCCUCAUCAUCACGGAUGGGGUCAUCAGCGACAUGGACGAGACGCGCCACGCCGUGGUGCAGGCGUCCAAGCUGCCCAUGUCCAUCAUCAUCGUGGGGGUGGGCAACGCCGACUUCGCUGCCAUGGAGUUCCUGGACGGGGACAGCCGCGUGCUGCGCUCCCACACUGGCGAGGAGGCCGUGCGCGACAUCGUCCAGUUCGUGCCCUUCCGGGAUUUCCGCAACGCCCCCAAGGAGACACUGGCCAAAGCCGUGCUGGCAGAGCUGCCCCAGCAAGUCGUGCAGUACUUCAAGCACCAAAACCUGCCCCCCAUCAACUCGGAGCCCGCGUAGCGCCGUGCCCGGCCCCGUCUGCAUGUUGCCGAAAUCUGUUGGUCCCACCGAAAGCGCAUGUUCCACAUGCUGUUCAAUGAAGAAUACCCUCCCUGAAACACACAGGUUUGUACUUCUUAAUUUAAUUGUUAAGUUCUUAAAGCUCAGCCCGGAGAAGCGCCUGGCUCCACUUGGUACAGCCGCAGCCCGAGGUAACACCGAGAGGCCGGGCCGUGCCCCAGUCCCGCUCCGUUGAGUCACUUUUCAGUAUUGAAUGUACUUUGUAUAAUUUUAGUGGAACAGGAUACAAUUUUUACAAAACAAAACUUGCUUUUUCCAAGCAAUGAAGUGCUUAAUAUACUAUUCCCAUUUGGUGAACUGGUCAUGUAUCUGUGCCGUACCCGUACCGCUGUCAUGCUCUACGUUCAUUUUUAUACCGUGUACAUGUUAUAUUUGUUAUACUCAGGUUAAUAAAGAAACUUGGACAUUUAAAA